CUAGCAUUCCCAGCCGUCGCUUUUAUUUAUCGUUCGUGCAUGCUUGCUGCUAGUGUAUCGCGUUGUACAGGCGCAGGUAGGAAGUAGCGUCUGAAGUGAAAACUGGGGGAGCUGCUGAUCGCUACCGCGUUUGUUUAAAGUAACAGGAGUUGAAAUGACAUAGAAAACUGUUCCAGGCUCUGACUGCAAAAUGGGUUCCUCUCACUUGAGGCUAGAAUGAGCUCGAAGAGGCUUGAUGACGAGGAAGUACAGCAAGGAACAAGGUGUCAGCUGUAUGAAUUGUUUUUGGUAAACUAAAACUUCAAGAAUGAUGAUCAUCUCAUUGGCAAGUUACAGGAAAAACACAUAUAAGGCAGCUAAAUAAGGACUACGCAAAAGAUGAUAUCAGCAUUUUUGCUCAUUGUCUAUCUAAUUCUAGUGACAUCUCCGUUCAAUGCUGGAGAAUGCAUUAUUUGUGAUUACUUUGUACUUGUUGGAGAGCCUACAGCUAUUAGUUGCCCAGUAAUUACAUUUCCAGCGCUUCACUCUGAUUACAAUCUGACAUGGUAUAAAAAUGGUAGUGUUACGCCAGUAACCACAGAGAAGCAUGCCAGAAUCCAUCAGCGAGAUGGCUUGCUUUGGUUUAUUCCUGCAACACUGGAAGAUUCUGGACUUUAUGAAUGUGACGUAAGGAGACUUAACUACUCUAACAAAAAACCUAUAAAUCUAACAGUUUUUAAGAAUGAUAACGGUUUGUGUUUUAAUGGAAAAAUGAAGUUUGAACAAAAAGUGACGAGCACAAAUACUGGAAAGAUUAUAUGCCCUGAUCUAGAACAUUUUAGAGAUGAAGACAAUAACGAGCCUGAAGUACACUGGUAUAAGGAAUGUAAGCCUGGCUUCCUAGAAGACAAGCGACUUCUCUUGGCAGAGGGUGAAAAUGCUAUUGUGAUUCGCAAUGUAACUGUACAAGACAAAGGAAACUACACAUGCCGUAUGCUAUAUACAUAUAUGGGAAAACAGUAUAAUGUUUCACGAACUGUGAGUCUAGAAGUUAAAGAAAGCCCACCACAAAUGAGACCAGAGUUUAUUUAUCCAAAGAACAACACAAUUGAAGUGGAUCUUGGCUCCCCUGUAGUCAUGGAGUGUAAUGUAUCAAGUGGCAUAAAUGGCUUAAUUCCAUUCUGGAAAGUUAAUGAUGAGGAUGUUGAUAGCUUUGAUAGCACCUACAAAGAACAGUUUUAUGAAGAGGGAAUGCCUCAUGGACUUGCUGUAUCUGGAACAAAAUUUAACAUUUCAGAAGUGAAAGUAAAGGACUAUGUUCAUAAAUUUUUUUGUCACGUUGUAUAUGAUUCUCGACAAAUUACAGCAUAUAUCAAAUUGGAACGUCCAGCUCCAAAUAUUCAAGGUUACUUAAUUGGAGGAGGAGUUUCUUUGGUAUUUUUAGUAUUUUUUACUCUCUUUGUCUACAAGAUCUUCAAAAUUGAUAUUGUGCUGUGGUAUCGGAACUCCUGCCAUCCUUUCCUGGGUAAAAAAGUUUCAGAUGGGAAGAUCUAUGAUGCUUAUGUCCUGUAUCCAAAGAACAGAGUGAGCUGCUUGUAUUCAUCAGAUAUUUUUGCUCUGAAAAUAUUGCCAGAGGUCUUGGAAAGACAGUGUGGAUAUAACCUCUUCAUAUUUGGGAGGGAUGACUUACCAGGAGAAGCUGUGAUCAGCAUUGCUGAUGAGAAAAUACGCCAAAGUAGAAGAGUAAUAAUUGUUUUAGUUCCGGAACCAUCCUGUUACAGUAUCCUGGAAGAUGCAUCUGAAAAACAGCUAGCUGUGUAUAAUGCUCUUAUCCAUGAAGGCAUUAAAGUAAUUCUGAUUGAACUUGAAAAAAUACAAGAUUAUGCAAACAUGCCAGAAUCCAUCAAAUACAUUAAGCAAAAGCAUGGGGCUAUCCGAUGGAAAGGGGACUUCUCGGAAAGCUCUUACUCAGCAAGUACCAGAUUCUGGAAGAAAGUGCGUUACCACAUGCCAUCCAGAAAAAAUGGAUCUUCAUCAGGAUUGCAUUUGUUACGAAAAGAGUUUAAUUCUCCCCAAAUUACAUCAGAAUGAUGCCUCAAGACUAUGCAGUUCACAUAAGUGACAGUGGGUUCAUUGAAGAUGACUUGUAUGUUUUGUACAGACAAUCUCAUCCAAAUUUUCUGGAUUAAAGGUACUACAACAUAAUCUAUGGAUAUGAAUCAUCCUUUGUUCUGGCCAAUCAGCAGAAGACCUUGAAAUGUCAUCAGUAGCACAGUGAUGGUGUGAAAACCAUGUAAGAAGUGCAAAAGGACUUUUUCAAGAAAUGUGCUGUGAUUUGGUGGGUUUUUUCUGGUAAUAAAAUUGCAAGGGUUUAAAAAAAAAUCUGUCAGAAAACCACAGAAAACUUCUUAUCAAUUAAAGGUUGAAAAUGAAGGAAACUGUAUUAAUUCUAAUUAUGAUAUUGUGUAAUGGACUUGGUUGAUGCCAGUAAAUAUAUUCUUUAUUUUUUUUUAAUGAGAAGAACUGAAACUUUUAUAUGUUAAAAGUUCAUUAUUAGCUGCCUUGUUCAAUUUGCUCAAAGAGAAAUCCAUUUAUGUUCCUGCAUUUGCUGUGAUAUCCUCCAAGAGAAAAGGUAAGAGACAAUCCUACCUCCCAGCAAAAGAACUGUUGAACCCGAGUGUAAACUCUCUUCCCUGGUCUGUGACUCCUUUACAUUCUAAAGAAUUAUGUGGUUUUUACUCGCUUUUUCUACUCAAACGGUAUAAAAAUAUCAUUGUGAUGUUGUGCUGAGAUAUAAAAUUCUAAUCUCCAAAGGAUUUUUUUUUUCCAGUUAGGUGGCUUAAUAUGUUUGUCCUUAUUACACAUAUGGAACAAUGAGCUAAUGACACAGAUUCUCUAAUGGGGAAUACAGGAUGGUUAGCUUCAUUUUUCUUCCUCCACCUUAGGGACCAAAUCAAGGUGCUUCAGAGCACAGUUAGGCUGCACAGCUGAGCUGUUCUCGUGGGUUGCUAUUGCUGAAAGAGAGCAGGUCUCCCCUCCAGGUCCCAGCUGGGGUGCUGGCUCUAGUGUUUGUCAGCUGUGAAAGCUGACUGAAGAGACUAACGUGGCAGAAAGCGUUAUUUUCCUUGGGUUAAGUUUUCUCCCAAAUCAGUGAGUUUAUGUGGUUCCCUGAGGGGUCAGCAGUGUAAUGGGAGAUGGAAAGGGGUAAUGGGGCCAUGUUUUUUGGCUCCAGGUGCAUUUAGAAAAUAAAAAAUAAAUAAUAAUUUAUAUAUAAAAAUAUAAAAAUAUAUAAAUAAUAAAUAAAUAAAUAAUAGAAAAUAAAAUAGUAUUGUUGCCCAGUACUCCUUAAAGUCAGAGAGAGCUGGCCUGCAUUAUCCCCAGGAGCUGCUUGCCCCUUUGAUUCCCCCUCCUUUCCCUGAUUGUAUCAGGACACUAAAGUGACUGUGUACCUGAUUUGCUUGGGACAGGAUGAAUUUAGGCUGGAGUCACAACUUCCUUCACUGUUUGGGAUAGCUGUUUGGAAAAGGAAGUUGUUAAAACUUACUGUGCAUCUUUUAACAUACAACAUGCUUUUGUUAACUCUCAACUUAUGCUUGACUUGUGUGUUUACAGUGAUGUAGUUUGCAGUGAUGGAUUUGGGGAAUUGAUUUGAUUUUAGGAAAUCAGCAAAUGUUUAAAGCCAUGUUUAUAGCUAUGGAUUUUACAGGGGAAGAUGUGGAAAGCUAAAUUGCCUGUGCUUUUCAGUCUCUGCCUAAUAGUUUACAUUUUUAAGUUGAGAUCUAUUUGUAUAGGAAAGUUUAAAGAUUUGACUGUUAACACUCUGUGUACUCAGAGUACAAGGCAUAUGUAGCUGUUCUGAACAAUACUAUCAAAAUUCAAAGUUUGCUGAAUUGUAUGCUAACCUGGAAAUUCAACUCUGGUUGCAGCUAGUAUAUAUGGGUAUUGAUUUGUUUUUGCUGCUAGUGAUUUUGGCUGAUGGUUUGUUUGUAAAAAGAAAUAGUAUUUUGAUUUAGGAAGAUAAGUAUUGCACUGUUUUUGUGGGGUUUUUUAAGUGCAGGUGUAGUGAUCAAUAGAAUGUAUUUCUAGGGAAGAAAUAUAAUGGCUCUGCUAAUUGUGCAUGGGUAGGGAAGAGGCAAAUGAUUAGUUAUUACAUUUAAAGUGAGAUCUUGCUUGUGUACCAGUUGAGAAAUAUGCAGGUAGGGUAAGACAGAGACCUGUGGAGACUUUUCUUGAUACAUGUCACAGUAGCAGAUUCUUUUCAACUCCUAGCUUUUCCCUAGGCUAAAUGGAGUUUAGCUGUUAAACAACAAAACUCUGCAGUUGUGUACACUAACUCUUUUGUCAUUGUUUGUUCUAGUAUUAAUACCUGCCCUAGCACAGACAUUCAAGAGGAGACUUAGCAGCAGAUUGUUGUGAUUUACUUGCAGCAUGAUGAAGGUGUAAGCUUCCCACACCCAAAGUUUCAGAUGUGCCUUUAACGGUUGCUUGCCACUCUGAAUUCCUGCUUGUGUUCACAUCCUGUUAGCUUCUGCCUUGCAGUACCGUGUUCUCCUCCCACUCCAAUUCCAGCAUAUCUUUUCCCAUGCAGCUCCCUUAUUCUGGAACAACCAAUUUACUGCUGUGUCAAACUGCAUCAUUUUCCAAGCAGUCCUGGAAGGCUGUUGCUUGUACAGCAUUAAGCAGAUUUCUUUUUCCUUUGAGUUGGUCUUUUCAUAUUUCCACUUGUUGAUCUGAAAAAAAUGAGUGUUCUGCAUCCUUCAGAACUAUUCUGGUCUUUGAAGACUGCUUCCUUCUUUUUGACAUGGCAGUGUUGGCUUUUUCUUCUUUCGUGGCUCAAGUGUUUAUCUUUUUAUGUCUCUAUCCUUAGGAAAAAAAAAAGGAUAGUGUGAGGUACCAACCUACAGAAGAGUUGUCUGGUGAAUGAUCUGACUCAUCUGAGCUUUGUCUUCUGCCUGAUGGGUGACCAAAGCAGUGGAAAUAGCUUCCUCUCCUACCUGAAGUUAUUUGGUUACCUGAGUGUAUGCUGGAAACUUCAAACUGCCUCUGACAGCUGAUGGCUUCUAGCUUUGUACCUCUCUUGGCAAGAAAUCCAGCCGUCCUGAAAAGAUCUUUCAGCCUUGUCAGUCUUUCUCUGCUGUUCAUCCCGUGUCCUGUUUUGAGAAAAAGGGCUGCAUGACCGCACUAGAUAUCGUUCAAUCCAUACCCUUGGUAAACAAAACCAUACAGAAAGUAACAAUUCCUAACCAGACAGAAGGUAACAAUUCCUAACCUACUUAUUUAACUUGUUCCUAAAAUUUUCUAGUAACAGACUGCAACUCCAUAAGCAGCUGUUUAAGUUGUUUUUUGACAGAAUGGAAUAAGAAUCUCUUCAUUUCAGAGUAGGAGGGAAAAGAUGUGCAUUUGAAAUGUCAAAGAUUAUUUCAAACUGUCACAGUACUGGAAUGCUUUAUUGCUGAAUGUUAUGUAUAUGUAGACCAAUGCAUAUGCUUAUCCUCUGUUCUCAUUCUGUGUUUUGUUCAAUUUAAGACAGAAGUGUUAAGGGAGGAACACUUCUGGUUAUAAAGUGUCACAUUCACUUGGCUGUUGCACAGAAUCUGCUUUUCAAUAUUGUGUGUUUGAUGACAGUUUUUUGUGAGAUGAGAGAACUUUGGGUAACUGAUAUCCAUCUGAGCAGGGGUAACGCACUAAGUGUGGCAGCUCGCAGGUAGAUGUAAUUGAUAAAAGAAUUUAGUGAGGCACAGAAGCUGUACAAUUUGGUCUCAGAACUCUUUCGUAAGAAGAUCCCUAUUUCAAAUGUGAAGACUAGACACUGGAAGUACCAUAUUUGUACUCUGAGGACUAAGGUAUGGUAUUCCAGUUUCCAUUUCUGUCAAGACAGCUUGCAGUAUGGAGGCCAACAGAAUUUCAGCAACUUUGGGCCACCUGUGUUUUUUUUGCUGACUUAAAUGGAUUGUGGUAUGAAAAACUGCUACUUGGUAUCCCUGUCUCUGGUGGAAAGUUAUUUGACUGAGCCAAAAUACUGUUUUUAUAUUUGUACCUUUUGAUAUAUUUAUACAAGUGAUGCUAAAGUUUUCAUAUGUGUUAUGUAAAGACACUUUGAAGAAAAGUCCAUUUUUUAAUUCAAUAAAACACUAUCUCUCUUU